AUGACAACUUUGAUUAGCGGUGCGGGUGCCGCGUACAAUAAAAACAAUGCGUGGCUUCAAUUAAAUCUUCUCAACGUAUUGGUGGAGCAUAGCAUAGCAGAGUCGAAUCAUGCGCUAGGUUUUGGUCAACAUACUGAUGCAGCACACACCCAACCAAGCUCUAGCAUGCAUGACGUGGACAACACUGAACCAAGGGAUGAUUCUGCCGUUGUGGCAGUUGAUGAAUCAGUAACAAAUCUCACGAGAGAUCGUAGUAGCAGAAUUAAUUAUGUUUGUAUGCAAAAAUCCUUUAAGCUUGUAUUCAGUGUCUUCUUUCUUCACUCAAUUGGUUUGAGUUAUUCAGUUCCUACGGGGGCUGCACCAAGUGGUAUCAGAGGAAUCGGAUCCUCUAUGUGCACUCGGAGUGGUCGGCCUUAUUUGGCUUCCACCAUGUCUGCUCAAGUCAACGACGAGGCUCUCCUGGAGCUUAGCCAGCAAAUUCAAGCUUUAGGAGACCAAUUCCAAACUUCAAUCCAAAAGGUUUCGCAAUGGCUCGAUUUGCUGUCUGUCGGUGGGAGUGACAAACCUUCCACUUCACAUGCGGGCCCUGGCAAUACCUCUGCUGCAGGAGGCAGCCGCCUCACCUCUCUGGAAGAGCAUACUCCCUCUUCCCAUCGCAAUACCGGCCGGACUGGUUCAUACUACUUGGACACCACGUUCCAGCAGCGUCGAACUGACCCGGCAGACGAUGUUAAGCGUCUCAUCCGUGUGGACGUCCAAGAAUUCUGGGGCGACCUUAACCCUACUACCUUUCACGACUGGCUUAUCUCGGUUGAGGAUUAUUUUCGUUGGUACAAAAUGCCUAAUGAAUGCAAGGUCGAUUAUGCAAUCAUGAAAUUAAAGGGGAGCGCUCGUAUGUGGUGGCUGAAUAUAGAGGAACAAGCUUUGCGUUUGGGACGGCCAACAAUUUCUGAAUGGGCUGAGAUGAAAUUUCGUCUCAAGGAGAAAUAUAUGCCUACCGACUAUGUUGAUGCAAUGCUACGUGAACUCUGGGGUUUCAAGCAGGGGUCCACUUCCGUUACUCUGUACACAGCCCAUUGGCAAGAGCUCACCAUUCGAAGCCAAAUCAUCGAGCCAGAAAGACAGGCAAUCGCGCGCUAUAUUGCUGGCCUGCGUGAGGAUAUCCAACAUGAACUUUUAUCUCUGUCACCACCAUCUGUUGAUGCUGCCUAUCAGGCCGCUCUUCGCAUGGAAGCACACCUUGCUCGCCAGAAAAGGCCAUGGGUGUUUCCCGCUUCAUCAUCCCCUCCGCCAGCCCGAGGUAAUGGUGUCAAUUCUGGUUUUUCUACUAAUGGCUCUACACCUUUUACAGGCCAGUUAGCCCCGUGCACCGCCGCUCCAGCUGAAGGUCGCCGACGAACAAGUGACGCCAGUGCUGGUAGUUGUUUUCAUUGUGGAGGGAAAGGUCACUUUGCUGUGGUUUGUCCCCACAAAUCUACUAAAUUAGGCCUAAUCUGUGAAGGCGAUUCCACAUCCCUAGAUAAUUUGGCCGAGGUUCCCAUCGUGGAACCUGAAAUCUCUGUCACGGAGGAGGAAACAUUAGAGGCCUCCCAGCUACCUAGUUGUGUUAUUCAGCCCCUUCUCCUGGGGGCAGCUUCUGUUUUAGACAAAGGUUCUUGGCUACGCACAUCUAUUUUUCGUACUCGGUUUGAAGUUGGCACCAAGGCUCUUGAUACGGUGAUUGACAAUGGAAGUGGCAUGAAUGCCAUUGCAAGUGGGGUUGUGGAUAAAUUGGGUCUUGUCAAGGAACCCCAUCCCCAUCCUUAUCAAGUUAGCUGGGUGGACUCUACCACCAAACCGGUGGACUCUCGUUGCCGUGUACGUUUUUCUUUGGGUCCAACUUAUGUGGAUGAGGCCUGGUGUGAUAUCAUUCCUAUGUCGGUGUGCCAACUCCUCCUUGGGCGGCCGUGGUUAUUUGAUAGAAGGGCGUUGUAUGACGGCUUUCACAAUUCUUAUUCGUUUAUCUUCAACGGACGACGCAUCACCUUGAGUCCGCUACGACUGGUACCCACGACAAAGACAGAUGUUCUCACUAUUUCGCAUCUCUCAGAGAUUCCUCAGGAUGUUCCUGCUCUAUUUCUUCUGUUGGCCAAACCAUGUCAACCUUCUUCUGAAUUCGCUAAUUCCACGACAUCUGCAACUCUUCAGAACCUUCUUACUGAGUUUCAGGACCUCAUGCCUGAGGAUCUUCCAAACAACCUUCCGCCUUUACGUGAAGUGCAACAUGUUAUUGAUUUAAUUUCAGGCUCGUCCUUGCCUAAUCUUCCAGCAUAUCGACUCACCCCAAAUGAACACUCAGAGAUGCAACGCCAGAUAUCACAACUGUUGUCAAAGGGUUUCAUUCGUGAAAGCCUAUCUCCUUGUGCUGUGCCAACUUUACUUAUUCCCAAGCGCGAUGGAUCUUGGCGUCUUUGUGUCGACAGCCGAGCGAUCAACCGCAUCACUGUCAAAUAUCGUUUUCCCAUACCCAACUUGGAUGAUAUACUAGACCAAUUAUCCGGUGCUUCUAUCUUCUCUAAGAUGGAUCUACGCAGCGGUUACCAUCAAGUUCGAAUUAAACCGGGUGAUGAAUGGAAGACUGCCUUCCGCACAAAGGAUGGGCUGUUUGAAUGGCUGGUUAUGCCUUUCGGUUUGACUAAUGCACCUAGCACUUUCAUGCGCAUUAUGACACAAACUUUCAAACCCUUUAUGGGAAAAUUUCUUGUGGUUUAUUUUGACGAUUUGUUGAUUUACAGCCACAAUGAGGAAGAACAUUUUUGCCAUCUACGUGUGGUGUUUGAGACUCUGCGAUGUCAUUCUUUUUUUAUUCAUAAAAAGAAAUGUUCGUUCCUCCAAACUCGGAUUAACUUUCUUGGUUUUGUUAUUUCUCAGGAAGGACUUGAGGUGGACCCCGAUAAAACCACGGCUAUCUCAUCUUGGCCUACGCCCACGUCCUUCACUGAAGCUAGGAGCUUCCAUGGCUUAGCCUCAUUUUAUCGACGUUUCAUCCGUAAUUUUAGUGCCAUCACAGCUCCUAUUACAGACUGCCUUAAAGGAAGAUCUUUCAAAUGGACUUCAGCGGCCGCACGAGCGUUUGACCUUAUCAAGAACAAACUCACAUCAGCUCCUGUUCUUCAUUUGGCCGACUUCACAAAGCCCUUUGAAGUUGCAUGUGAUGCCUCCAUUAUGGGCAUUGGGGGGGUUCUCAGCCAAGAGGGCCAUCCCGUGGCUUUUUACAGUGAAAAGUUGUCGGACAUUCGAAAACGUCAUAAACAGGCUAGGUGGGUUGAUUUCAUUCAACAAUUCACAUUUGUGUUAAAGCAUAAAUCGGGUAUCGAAAAUAAGGUUGCUGACGCUUUGAGUAGGCGUGUGCAUCUCUUGACUACUUUUUCUGUUUCCUCUACUGGUUUUGAAUCGAUUCGUGAGCACUAUGCCUCCGAUCCCGACUUUGCUACAAUCUGGGCAGAUCUCACUAAUGUUGUGCCCAAGGACACAUCUAGCUCUCUUUUUGUUUUGCAGGAUGGCUAUCUUUUCAAGACCAAUCGUCUUUGCCUUCCUCAAGGCUCUUUUCGCGAGUUUGUGCUCACGGAACUUCAUGCCGGAGGGUUGGCAGGUCACUUAGGACGUGACAAGACCAUAGCACUAGUGGCUGAUCGUUUCUUUUGGCCGCAGCUCCGACGGGAUGUUACUCGUUUGAUCCAACGAUGUCGUGUGUGUCAACUACAAAAGGGAACCAGGACAAACAGUGGGCUCUACACUCCUCUACCUAUUCCCCAACGGCCAUGGGAUGAUAUUUGCAUGGACUUUAUUCUUGGGUUGCCUCGUACGAUCCGCCAUCAUGAUUCCAUAUUAGUUGUGGUUGAUCGUUUCUCCAAGAUGGCCCACUUCUUACCAUGUGCGCGAACGUUUGACGCUUCGCAUGUUGCCGCCCUCUUCUUUACUGAGGUAGUCCGUCUUCACGGCCUGCCCAAGUCUAUCACCACUGAUAGAGAUGUCAAGUUCAUGUCCUACUUCUGGAAAACCCUUUGGAUGAAGUUGGGCACUAAGCUUCAAUACUCCAGUGCUUUCCAUCCCCAAACGGAUGGCCAAACGGAGGUCACUAAUCGUAGUGUCGGUAAUCUCCUUCGAUGCUUGGUGGUCGAUCAUGUUACCUCCUGGGAUUUAAUUCUUCCACAAGCUGAAUUUGUUUUUAAUAAUUCUAUUAAUCGAUCUACGGGUAGUUCUCCUUUUGAAAUUGUUGCAGGGAUUAAGCCUAGGACUCCCAUUGACCUGCUGCCUUUGCCUUCUUUUCAACAACCCAGCGGUGAGGCUUUGGAAUUCGCGUCUCAUAUCCACCAGAUUCAUGCCGACGUCAAACGAAGAUUAGCCAUCAGCAAUGAGGCUUACAGUACUUCGGCAAAUGCACAUCGUCGCCAUGUGGAAUUCCAGCCGGGUGAUCUGGUGUUCAUUCGUGUCAACCCAGCUCGCUUUCCUUCCGGUUCAAUUCACAAGCUUCAUUCUCGUCGGGCAGGGCCUUUUGCUGUUCUCAAACGACUUGGCACAAAUGCUUACCUCAUUAAUUUACCUCCUGACCUUCGUUUCAGCCCUAUCUUCAAUGUGGUUGACCUUACCGCUUGUCAUGAAGACUUCCCCAGUUCCCAGUCUAGUGAUGCCAAUGAACCCCCCACUGUCAAUCCGACCAUUCCAACCAACGAUCACCACACAUUACCUACUGCAGUUCUGCCUCCUCCUGUCCAAUCCACUGCUCUAAAUGACUCACCUUAUGUGAUUAUACAGCGUGACUUUGUCCCCACUCGGCGUGGGGGUUAUUGGCGAUACCUUGUCCUGUUUCGUAAUCGUCCGAUUUCUGAUGGCGUAUGGCUUACUGAGUCCCAUCUUCGCCACUUUUAUCCCGAACUCCUCCAGCAAUACCUUCAGAUAUACUCGACGGAGUCGAGUUCUGCGCAGGCCGAGGUAGUUGAUGCAACACACACCCAACCAAGCUCUAGCAUGCAUGACGUGGACAACACUGAACCAAGGGAUGAUUCUGCCGUUGUGGUAGUUGAUGAAUCAGUAACAAAUCUCACGAGAGAUCGUAGUAGCAGAAUUAAUUAUGUUUGUAUGCAAAAAUCCUUUAAGCUUGUAUUCAGUGUCUUCUUUCUUCACUCAAUUGGUUUGAGUUAUUCAGUUCCUACGGGGGCUGCACCACAUACCAUAUCGUUGGGUUGA